GGUCUUUGCAGUCAGGAGUUGGUUAGCUAGCUCGCUAACCGCAUUAUCUAGACAAUUUAUCUUACAGUUUCGACAGAAAGGAAAGAGGACAAACUCUCAAUAGCCCACAGUCGCUGGAGGCACCUUUAGAUGUUGUAAGGGGGUGACCAUGGCUUGCCGUGGCGUUGAGUGUUCAUGGAAGAGGCAUGUGGCAGAGCAGUUGAAACAGAGAGACAGAGUUCAGCGUCAGGCAUUUGAGGAAAUUAUACAGCAAUAUAACCGCCUCCUAGAGAAGUCCGAUCUACAGGCGGUUCUGUCUGAAAGACUACAAUCAGAGAAAUAUGACACACAGAACAGACAUGACCUCAGCCCGGGAUCUGAGUCCAGUCGCACUGAUGCCCUGCAGCAGGAGAUGGCUCAAAUCCGAAUCAAACAUCAGGAGGAGCUCACAGAGCUGCACAAGAAACGAGGAGAGCUGGCUCAGAGUGUGAUUGAGCUGAAUAAUCAAAUUCAGCAGAAGGACAAAGAGAUUCAGAACAAUGAGGCCAAGAUGCUGGAGUAUCAGCGGAGGAUCUCUCAGCUGGAGGGGGAAUGCAGGGAGCUGCGUACCAGUCUGCAGGAUCUGGAGAGAGCCAAUCAGACGCUGAAGGAUGAGUAUGACGCUCUCCAGAUCACGUUCAGCGCGCUGGAGGAGAAACUGCGACGCACGACAGAGGACAACCAGGAGCUGGUGACGCGCUGGAUGGCAGAGAAGGCCCAGGAGGCGAACCGACUUAACGCAGAGAAUGAGAAAGACUCACGGCGACGGCAGGCGAAACUACAGAAAGAACUUGCAGAUGCUGCCAAAGAACCACUUCCCAUUGACCCAGAUGACGACAUUGAGGUUCUAUCAGAGGAUGUGGGGAAAGGUACUGGUGAAGCAUCUCCCAGUAGAGCACCUCUCAGCCGCACGUCCAGUAAACGUGUGUCUCAGCCUCCCCCUGGUGGACUGCUGGACUCCAUAUCUAACAUUUUUGGCCUGUCUGAUCCUGGAUUCCUGCCAUCGGACUCCAGACGUCGUUCUGUGAACUCGUUCGGGACAUCGCCGGAGAACAUCGAGGCACCCAGUGGUGUGUGUGCUGAGGUCAGAGUACCCUCCACAGCGCUGCAUGUGUUUGACGCUCAUGAUGGGGAGGUAAAUGCUGUCCAGUUUAGCCCGGGGUCUCGUCUCCUGGCGACAGGAGGGAUGGAUCGCAGGGUCAAACUCUGGGAGGUUGUGUCAGGACGCUGUGAACCCAAGGGGGCGCUGACUGGGAGUAACGCUGGCAUCACCAGUAUCGAGUUUGACAGCGCUGGCUCAUAUCUGUUAGCUGCUUCCAACGACUUCGCCAGCAGAAUCUGGACAGUAGACGACUACAGACUGAGGCACACACUCACAGGACACAGUGGGAAGGUGUUGUCUGCCCGCUUCCUGCUAGAUAACGCUCGCAUCGUCUCUGGGAGUUAUGACAGAACUCUCAAACUGUGGGACCUUCGCAGCAAAGUCUGUAUGAAGACGGUGUUUGCGGGGUCGAGCUGUAAUGACAUUGUCUGUACAGAGCAGUGUGUGAUGAGUGGACAUUUUGAUAAGAAGGUUCGCUUCUGGGACAUCAGGGCAGAGAGUAUUGUGCGUGAGCUGGAGUUACUGGGACGCGUGACGUCUCUGGAUUUGAAUCACGACCGUACGGAGCUGCUGACCUGCUCACGUGACGACCUCCUGAAAAUCAUCGACCUGCGCAGCAACGCAGUCAGACAGACCUUCAGUGCUCAAGGCUUCAAAUGUGGCUCAGACUGGACCAGAGUCAGCUUCAGCCCUGACGGCAGCUACGCGGCGGCGGGUUCGGCCGACGGAUGUCUGUACGUCUGGAAUGUUCUGACUGGGAAACUGGACCGAUGUCUGGACAAGAGUCACGGGGCUGCCAUCAACUCCGUGUCCUGGUCGCCGUCGGGAACCUACGUGAUCACCGUGGACAAAGGCAGCAAGGCGGUUCUCUGGUCUGACAUGUGAUUGGUCGAACUGUGGCGUGGCCUGCCUUCGGAUUGGCUGAGCUCUGCUUUCAUCACAUGUGACUGGAGGUUAACAUAAGAGAGAACACUCCUCUGAUGCCAUCCCACUUACACGAUCGGACUGCAACCCCUCUUCCAAGAGCCUUCUCUAAGCGUGUGUGUGCGUGUGUGUGUGUGUGCGUGCGUGCGUGCGUGCG